GAACUCACAGCUUCUCUGCAUUAUCAUUGGCGAGCAACAGAUGCUCCGUCCUGCGAUUGGAUAAAAGUUUUACUUCAGUCCUAAACACACACACACACACACACACACACCCCUCCUCUUGGCGUACUGCUAUUAUUCCACUCCACUUAUUCCCAGUCCAGAAGUCCGUUAGUCAAAGCGCAGAAGAGACGCAGAGAAGAGAUGCUGUCCAGCUGAUCAAGGCGCUUCAGUUUUUUGAUCGAUUUAAAAGAGAGAGAGAGAAACCUUGAAUAGAAAAAUUUGGAGACGCAAGAAAAAGAAAAGAAAAGAGAGAGUCGAACACUUUGGUUAGAAGAAAGGCAAACCUAAGACUGAAGACUCUGGAGAGGAACGCAGCCUUUCCAAACAUCCCUCAACAGGUGCACAGAUCUAUCUGAGGAAGAAACGAUAUGGCCUCCGCGGCUCUGGAGCUCCUGGGUCUGACCCUGUGCGUCUUCGGCACGCUCUUGGAGAUGAUGGCGUGCGGGCUGCCCACCUGGAAGGUGACCGCCUUCAUCGAGGCCAACAUCGUGGUGGCGCAGACCAUCUGGGACGGCCUGUGGAUGUCGUGCGCGGUGCAGAGCACCGGUCAGAUGCAGUGCAAGGUUCACGACUCCAUGCUCGCGCUCAGCCACGACCUCCAAGCCGCGCGUGCGCUCACGGUCAUCUCGUCCGUCUUGUGCGUCGUGGGGCUGAUGGUGGUGAUCGCCGGCGCGCAGUGCACCAACUGCAUGAAGGCGGAGAGCGUGAAGGCGCGUGUGGUGAAUGUCGGAGGGGUCAUCUACAUCAUCAGUGCCAUAUUCGUGCUCGUGCCCCUGUGCUGGAUGGCCAACAACAUCAUCUCCGACUUCUACAACCCGCAGGUUCCGGCGUCCCAGAAGCGGGAGAUCGGUGCGGCGCUCUACAUCGGCUGGGCGGCCACCGCUAUGCUUCUGCUCGGGGGAAGCAUGCUCUGCUGUUCGUGUCCGUCCUCUGGAAGCUCCGGCUACUCGGUCAAAUACGCGCCCACCAACAGAGCAACAUCUAACGGGGACUAUGACAAGAGGAAUUACGUUUAGACGCUGUUUGGACUGAUUUCACUUUUACAUGCUCUUUUGUUUUGUGUGUUGCACCUGCAGAUGUUUCUGUUCUCAGUUGGCUGAAUUUCAUUUUUAAGCAUCUUGCACAACUGAUUGGAUCUUUUUUAUUAUUAUUGUUUAACACGAAACUUUUGAGGAUAUGCGUUUCUGAAAGGUGGACGUUUUAUAAUAACUUUCAACAAUA